UGGGGCCCAAUAAUUUGCAUUUUUAACCGGGUCCCAGAUGAUGCGGAUGUUGUCGUCCUACACUUUGAGAAUCGAUCUUAGAAGAGUUUGGCUUUUGUUGUAUUUUUAUUGGAGUUCAGCUGUGCGUGGGGCGCAGGGGGAGGGGUGGAAAUUGGUAAAAGGAGAGGACAGAAGCCGCUAGUCUCCCCACUUUCCUGGCCCAACCCCCUUCCAAGCUGAAGGUGAACUGUUAUCUACCACUGCAACGGGUCUCCCCUAUUUUCUCAGUCUUUAUUUUACAGACUGAGGAAAUAAAGGUUCUUCAGAGGUCGGUUGCACAGUCCAAAGCUGUUUAGACUGCACUCAUCAGCCCAUUUUAGCGGGCUUCUUUGCUCAUGCAGACCAACCUCUUCCUUCUAUCCUGGGAUCCCUCCUGCUCAGCGCACUAGCCUUUUUCUCCUCCUCCGCCCCGCCCCCAGCGUCCUUGCGCAGUUGCGCAGGCAACGUGCACGCCGCGUUCAAAGCGAGCGGUGAGGGGGCCUUGGUGGGGCACCGCGUGCCGCGCAGGCGCGAGAGGAGAGGCGCCGGAGCCGCUGUCAUGGCCUGCGUCAACCCCGUGCCUAAACUCUACAGAUCUGUAAUUGAAGAUGUAAUUGAAGGAGUGAGGGAUCUCUUUGCUGAAGAAGGUAUAGAGGAACAAGUUUUAAAAGACUUGAAGCAGCUUUGGGAAACAAAGGUUUUGCAGUCUAAAGCAACAGAAGACUUCUUCAGAAAUAGUGUCCAUUCACCUGUGUUCACCCUUCAGUUGCCGAACAGCUUGCACCAAACGUUGCAGUCAUCAACAGCAUCAUUAGUUAUUCCUGCUGGUAGACCUCUUCCUAGUUUUACUACAACAGAAUUGGGCACCUCAAACUCUAGUGCAAGCUUCACUUUUCCUGGUUAUCCUAUUCAUGUACCAGCAGGUGUGACACUACAGACUGCAUCUGGUCACCUUUAUAAAGUCAAUGUACCAAUUAUGGUGACACAGACUUCUGGAAGAGCAAGUAUUCUACAUCCAAUUCAGCAAGUAUUUCAGCAGCUGGGGCCGCCUUCAAUAAUACAGACCAGUGUUCCACAAUUGAAUCCAUGUUCUCUCCUCGCGACUACUGAAAAAUCACAGAGAAUAGAAACUGUGCUCCAGCAACCCACAAUUCUUCAUUCUGGGACAGUGGAUAGGAAACAUUUAGAAAAUGCCAUCAGUGAUAUACUCGCACCUCCUGGAAAUGAGCAUGAAAUCAUGUCUGAAGCUUUGUUGAGUCAGCCGGAAAGCUGUCAGUAUAUCCGUCUUCCAGGUGUUGUGUUUCCUCCACAGGUCUCUCAGACAGAUGCGCACGGGGAGCCAGUGCUUGGUGUUUCUGGCAGCAUGACUCAAAAUCUGAAUGGUGGGCUCCUCUCCGCUGGGCGACAGGGGACCCAGCACCAGCACAUGUCUGAUAUUGAGCUUCAUGUUCUUAAAAAUAGGAUGUUUGGACGUGAUUCUGUAAAGCAGCCAAGAAAUACAGAGGAGCCCAGCAGCCUACCUGUCUCAGAGAAGGAUUCUAAUUCUCAGAUGGUUUUAAGCAUUCAGGUAACCGAUGGUGAUAUUAAUGAAAUAAUUCAAAUAGAUGGAACCGGUGAUACAUCUUCCAAUGACGAAAUAGGAAGUGCAAGAGAUGUAGAUGAGAAUGAAUUUCUAGGGAUUAUUGAUGCAGGAGACCUGAAGGUACAUGAAGAAGAAGCUGACAAUAUAUCAAAUGAAGAUUCAACUGCCAACAGUAGUGAAAAUGAAGAUCCUCAAAGAGACGUUGUAGAAGAGGACCCUUUAAAUUCUGGAGAUGAUGUUAGUGAGCAGGAUGUGCCAGACCUGUUUGACACAGAUAAUGUAAUCGUCUGCCAGUAUGACAAGAUUCAUCGAAGCAAGAACAAAUGGAAAUUCUAUUUGAAAGAUGGUGUUAUGUGUUUUGGAGGGAGAGACUAUGUAUUUGCAAAAGCCAUUGGUGAUGCAGAGUGGUAAACAAGAGCCCGAUAAACCAUAAACAUCAAUGGGACUAUAUUACAUAUUGUGAAACUUAUUUUAAAUAUAGUCCAGUACAGAGCUGCUCAAAGUUUUCGUUCACUGUAUGGAAUUAAUAAAACUAUA